AGAACAGAGAUUGAAAACGCUAACUUCACUAACUUGACCGGUACCGGUAGGGUACGCGUCUUACCGCCAUUUUGUUUGAAAGAGUGAUUUUAAAAACGGAGGGCAACUAAUGUAAUGGUUUGGUGAUAAAACGCAUUAAAAUAUUAAUUGACCAUCCAAAAAGCAUCGUCCACGAUGUCACGCUAUGGUGACUGCAAAGUUUAUGUUGGAGAUUUGGGGAAUAAUGCUAGUAAACCUGAACUUGAAGAUGCCUUUUCAUAUUAUGGUCCACUGAGGAAUGUGUGGGUUGCAAGAAAUCCUCCAGGCUUCGCAUUUGUUGAAUUCGAAGAUCCACGGGAUGCUGAAGACGCAGUACGUGGUUUGGAUGGACGGACGAUUUGCGGUCGUAGAGCCCGUGUAGAAAUGUCUAAUGGGGGUCGCGGUUAUGGCAGCCGGGGUCCACCACCUCGUUCGCGUCUGCCUCCUCGGCCGUAUGAUGAUCGUUGUUACGACUGCGGCGACAGAGGACACUACGCUCGUGACUGUUCACGUCGUCGGCGACGCAGGUUAUCAUUGGGUUGUGCGCCGAGAACGAACUCGUCAGUGUCUGCACUUCUUAUUAUCUGCGCUACGUAGCUUUCACUUCUCUGCGUGUACUCCGAAUGAGUUGGCCCCAACUGUAACUUCGCUCUGUGAACUACGUAGCUACAUCCUACGUGCACACUUCACUUGUCGACAACUUCAUUGAGUUUGUUCAUACUGCGAGUAGCGACGCACGUCUAAUGUAAUCACUGCGUAUACUCAGUGAGUUACACAUUAUAUUAACAUUAUAGUGUUCAGAGGCCACAAAAUGAACAGAAUUCAUGUUUUCAUGUUUUUGAGGAAUAUGACCACAAAAUUAUUUAAGAAAAACAUUGAUUUCAAAAAUAUGCCUGGAUAUCAAUGAAUUGUAUUUUUUUGUCUAAAGUAGGAUAGGUGGCCUUUGGUGGCAAUAACUUAAAUGGUAAUAAGGUGAGUAAAAUGUGUGACUAUUACAGAAAGUUUUUAAGGCUGUUUACAUAUACUGGCUUGGGAAAGAUUUUCUAGUACUUUUUUCCACACUGACUGGAAAUUUGAUGACUAGUGGUGCUGUAAGGCUAUGUAAGGCUGACUGGGAGAGCAACUGAGCAGAUAAUUUUUGAGAGCAUUUAUUUUGAAGUCAGGCUCUGGGAGUCUAAUUUUUGUUAUUGAUGUAUUUAUAUAAAUAUGUGUGCUCAGACUUACAUAUUUUUUUUAUAAAUAUAAUGAGAAUGAUAUUAAUAUAUUAUCAAGAGAAUAUUAAUGAUGUCUGGCAUUUAAAAGAAAUGUCCUACAGAUUUUGGUGUUAAAGUUUGAAAGAGUACAUACAUGGAGCUGAGUGGUUAUUGUAUUUUACAUUACCAACACUGGGGUGACGUGCAAACCCCUUACUUUAAAAUAUGUGGGUUAUUUUUUUCCUUUAACAUUUAGGUAUUAAACUUUUUAAUCAAUACAUACAUGCUUUGCUCUCCAAGCCAGUCUUAUCUAAACUGAUCUUUAAAUCAUUAAAAAAGUUCUGAUAUUUUUUGGUAAAAUUCAUAUUCAAAAUACAGAUUUGUUUAGAAAUUUGUAUUAACCAAAUUUUAGCAAAAAACAAAACCAUGCAUUGUUUGUGAUUCUUAACAUGAUAAAGAGUUAAAAUUGAAUAUCGGUAAUAUUGAAGAUGUCUUAGAUGCAUGUGGUACAAACUUUAAGUAUGUAUGUAGUUUUGGAUACGCAUAGCUCGACUGAAGUAUGUUGGAAAAGAAAAGCCUCUUGUGUACAGGGUGUCCCAUAAAGGGGGUAGGUAUAUAUAUUAAGUCUAAAUGUGGUUCUAACAUCAACAAUGUAGAACACUUUAAAAAUGUAAAAAAUCUCAGCUGUAAUUGGUAGUUUCAUACAAAACUAAUUUAUUAAUUGUUUCAAUUGUUCGAUGACAGCUCUGAAUGUAUUAGGUAAGUAGGUUAAGUCGUUUAUUCAGCUGAACGCGUCAGGACAAAAUAGACACUAUUGAAUUUAGAACAAUAUGAUAGAUAGAUAGAAUAUAAUAGAAUAAUAUUCUAUAGAAUUCGUUCAUCUCGUUUCAAACAAUGAAUACAACCCUAUUACUGAUAUGUAUUCAAUCUUAACUCGUGAAAGCCCAGUGUGUGAGAAUCUGCUUGAUUAGGUCAGCCUCAAUAUCGCGUUUGCUGCGUUUUCUUAUAACUUCCGUCUUCUUAUAGCAAUCCGAAGUUGUUGGGAUUUCUAUUUUAAUUAGACAAUUAUAAAAAAAAACAUUACAAAUAAA